UACAAAUAAAAUUUGGUCCAAUUUUUUUGUGUACGAACUUGAUCAAACAAGGUUCAAUUUUGGGCCUGAUAUAAGAACCCUAAUUUCGUCCGUCACUGGGUACCCAGUAAGCCUCUUAUAAAGCGAACCCACGCGUCAACUGAAGCCGCAUACCACGGUGGCGCGUCUUUCUCGAAUGUGGACAGUAAAACACAAUUGUUUUCAAUUCGAUCCACGCGUACGUUUAAGGCUUCGUCAUAUUCGUUAUCGUCGAUUUAUUUAUUAACAAAAUUCUUCUUUGAAAGUGUUGUGUAAAGUGUGUUGUGUUUAUCGGACUUGCUUGCUAGUCAGUCAGCCAUCCAGUCAAUUAGAACGAAAGCAAUCGAACUAGCAACGAUGUUUUACUACUUUGAGCGUGGCUUAGAAAUGCGAACGAUCGUUCGUAAAUUGAAUCAUAGUGGUCGGUGAAAUAAGAUCAUUGAAAUACGUUCUGAUGCUAUUGCUACUGCAUCAGGUGGUCAGAAAAUUGCCAUUGCGACUGUCCUCUAAUGACCUUGAAUAUCAUACCUAUAAUCUUUACAUGUGCGAGAUCUUAAAAUUAACACCGGACAGUUUUUUUUCAUUAUCUCACUCGUAUACUUCAAGAACAAAAUAAAUACGCAGCAUUUUGAACAUUCUGAAAAAUAAAUGUAAUCUUUGGUAAUCCUACCUCAACGAGAAAAUGCGUAUUAGUCAUUUUUUGUCUAAACUCGUAGUAGAACCUUUUCCGAUCGAUACCUGUAUUAGGUAUAUACCUGAAGCGUGAGAUACAAAUCGAAACAGGUGUACGGUUGCUAAGAGAACAACACCGGAUGUCUACCUUUGGUAGUCGAUUUUUGUUAUCUCAACGAACAAUCGUCCAGAAUCAAUAAGAGUUAAUCAACGAUUUGAAAAAUAAUUCGUUAGAACGAAUAUCUUAGAAGAGAAACAAUAUGGCCUUGGCAAAACUUAAAAGUUUAAUCGACAAUGGUUUAAAAAAUGUGUCGACGCCUUUGGAUCGUACCGUUAAUUUAGAACCGGAAGUAGGCAUCAGAAUUGUCCAUUCGCCAAACGAAAAAACUCUCUGCGUAACCGUCAUUGGUGCUAGACAUCUACCGCAAAAUUUUGGAUUCACCAGAGUCAACAGUUACGUCGUUAAGGUGAAGCUGAUACCGAGUAAAGAAAAAUUCGAGACUACGACGAGGAACGAAUCCUGGCCACGUUGGAACGAAGAAUUCACUUUUCAUUUGCGAAAAGAAACGAAAAUCAAGUUUGGUAAGUCGAAAGUCGUCGAGGAAGAAAUAAAUGGUUCGAAAUUCAUCGUAGUCACGCUCUACGCCAUUCUCGAAGAUAAACCUUUGAUUGCUACGGAAAAGAAGGAGGCAGAUAAGGAGAAAAAUUUAUCUCCUAUGAAAGAGUGUGCAAAGAAGACUAGUAAAAAGGGUCAGGAAGGAUCAUCGAAUGAUCAUCAAGAUGGUUGCAAGAAUAAAAUAUUUGGUCAAUUUUUUAGUAAAGGACAAGAGAAAAAUUUCGAAGAUCAAAUAAGCGAAAGGAAAAUCUUUGACAAAAGACGAACAGUCGGUGCUGUUACGAUAUCACUCGAUUCAAAAAACUUUACGAUAAAACCACCAAAACCGAAACACGCCAGUGAUGUAUCAACCGGUGAAUUGUGGAGACCACUCAAACCGAUCAGCAGUGGUAUUGCUGUUGCCGAAGACAAAAAAGAAAAUAAAAAGGGAAAACUCGAGUUGUCCCUUUGUCUGGAAAAAACGGACAAAAAGGAAGAAACGAGUGGAAUUUUGGUAUUAUGUCUCCAUCGUAUGAGAUGUUCAUUACAAACAAUGCACGAACACGAAUUAUUGAAAGGACAAAUGUACCUGAAAAUGUCAGUCAUCGAGAGCGGCAGGAUAACGCAUUUUUGGAAAAGCGGUCGUUUCGGUCCUUGCGUUUCGAUGAAAUUUUCACCAGACAUGGCUAGGGUCUCUGUAGAAAAUCCUUUCGAUGGUGCACUCAAGGACGUUAGCUUCGUAAUUAAAUACGUCUCGAAAAAUAAAAUGGGUAAAAAAACGACAGUUGGUCAUUUUGCGAUUGGACCCGACGUUGGUGGGCCUUACGCCGAGCAAUGGAAACAAGCACUAGCGAAACCAGGACAACAAAUAACGAAAUGGCAAUCAUUUGAGAAGUCCCCGUCAGGCCACGCUCAUUUUCAAGGAAGUCUCCGUCGGACCAUAGAAAUAUCGUGUUAUACGCUGUCAGCCAGCGGUGGCUGACGCGGCCUAAACGGAAAGUCUAGUGUCCGCUACUGAUGGCGGACGUGGCGCUCAACGUGUUAAGAGGUAUUUGUUGAUAACAAUGAAGAAAGCUGACUGAUAAAUUUUAAAAAUCAAGAUAUAGAGAGAAUAACUGUGAUUUGGUGUUAUUUAAUUUUAAAUAUACUAAAUUUUGGAAAUUAAAUUGUUAUUAAUUGGUGAUCAAGGAAAUUUAAUUAUAAUUACUGAAGUUUGAUAUAAAUUAUUGUUACAUAUCCGUUUAACAGUAAUCUUAUACAGGGCUUCUCUAACUUUUUCCUUAAGCAAUAUCCUUUACCUGAACAAAUAUUUAAAAAAAAAAAGGCACUGUUUAUAGACUGUAUACUAUCUUUUCUUUAACUAUCAUAAAGUCAUAGACAUACUACACCUGUAAUGUAGUCAAACUGAUUUUAAAUUAAUUUUUGGUUGUUUCGUAUCUAAGAAUUUUUUACAAUUUUUACAUUUUGUACAAGUUUUUACGACUCUAAAAUUUAUUUAAGUGACGCCGUACGGGGUAACGAGACACUUUGAGAAGCCCUAAUUGAAUGAACGUGAUUGUAGUGGUCAUAUUAACUAGUGAUGACGUCCAAAAAUAAAUAUUAUAUUUAAGAUCUAUUGUCGCGCAAAAUAUGUAUUUUUUAUGCAACAUUAUAUCAUAGACGUAUUUCUAUUUUUUCAUACAAAUAAUAAUAUAAAUGUUUAAUAUGUGACAUCGAUAAAUAAGUAGACGCAGCUUUAACAGUUAACGUAUGCUUAUGGGUGGUGCCAUUUUAAUUUAAUGUAUAUAUUAUUUGACUUGUUUUAUUUUCCUCGAGUAUAAAUGUAAUUAUCGAGAUAUGCGACAUUAUGCGUGCAGAGAGAAUUAUUUUUAAAAAUUCGAUGUGUGUAUUAUUAAUAAUAUAUUUUAUUCUAUAUAUGUGUA